AUGUCACAAAGAACUUUAAUCAGCUUUUAUCAAAAAAAACAAAAAAGAGAUAAAGAUAGAAUUUCUAGUCUUUUAUCUGGAAGAUCAAGUUUCACUAAAGCAAAAAAAAGGACUUCAGCACAAGCAGUAUUUACUCCAGCAGCAGAAUCAACAUCAGCUGAUGAAAGAAAAAUAAGGGAACCUGAAUAUAAUUCUUUUAUACCUAACUGA